AAGAUCACGUGUCCCAGUUUUCGCGCGAAACUGCUCCUCUGUUGUCCAGGCUCGUGCGUGCUGUGUGUGUCUGAGCAGCGGUCCGGAUCUGUCCAACUUUUGACCCGUUUUUGAGUCUUUUCUCGCAGUUUGACGGAACUACAGGAUGGACGUGGCCACAGCAACAGCGGAGAAUGUCGGGGAGAUGGUGAAGGACGAGUUGGCAGAAAAAUGUCAGAAGUUAUUCCAGGCUUUCUUGGAGGAGUUCCAGACCGGGGAUGGGGAGGUGAAGUAUGUCACGGAGGCCGAGGAGCUGAUCCGGCCUGAGAGAAACACGCUGCUGGUGAGCUUCACAGACCUGGAGGGCUUUAACCAGGAGCUGGCCACCACCAUCCAGGAGGAGUACUACAGAGUCUACCCCUUCCUAUGUCGGGCAGUGCGCAACUUUGCUCGUGAUCACGGAAAUGUUCCCCUCAACAAAGAGUUCUACGUCGCCCUCGAGGAUCUGCCAACCAGACACAAGAUCAGAGAGCUGUCAUCGAUGCGUAUCGGCACGCUGGUGAGGAUCAGUGGUCAGGUGGUGAGGACACACCCAGUGCAUCCAGAGCUGGUCAGUGGCACCUUCCUGUGCAUGGACUGUCAGACAGUUAUCAAAGACAUCACUCAGCAGUUCAAGUACUCUCCACCAGCCAUCUGCAGAAACCCCGUCUGCAACAACCGCUCCCGCUUCCACCUCGACACGCACAAAUCCAAGUUCAUCGACUUCCAGAAGGUGCGCAUCCAGGAGACACAGGCCGAGCUACCUCGCGGCUCCAUCCCUCGCUCCCUGGAGGUCGUGCUGAGGGCCGAGGCUGUGGAGACGGCUCAGGCUGGAGACCGCUGUGACUUCAUCGGGACCCUCAUUGUCGUACCGGAUGUCUCUCAGCUCAGCACUCCUGGUGUGCGAGCAGAGACCAGCUCCCGUGUCGCUGGUGGACGUCAGGGCUUUGAGGCGGAGGGUCUGAGAGGCCUGAAAGCUCUGGGAGUGAGAGAGCUGUCGUACAGGCUGGCCUUCCUGGCCUGUUAUGUGGCCCCGACUAACCCACGAUUUGGCGGUAAGGAGCUGCGGGAGGAGGAGCAGACUGCAGAGAGCAUCAAGAGCCAGAUGACGGAGAAGGAGUGGGAGAAAGUGUUUGAGAUGAGCCAGGACAAGAACUUAUACCACAACCUGUGCACCAGCCUUUUCCCCACCAUCCACGGCAAUGAUGAGGUGAAGCGCGGCAUUUUGCUGAUGCUGUUCGGAGGAGUCCCAAAGACGACGAUGGAGGGGACCUCACUGAGAGGAGACAUCAACUUGUGCAUCGUUGGAGACCCCAGCACAGCCAAGAGCCAGUUCCUCAAGCACGUGGAGGAGUUCAGUCCCAGAGCCGUGUACACCAGCGGUAAGGCCAGCACUGCUGCAGGUCUGACAGCUGCUGUGGUCAGAGACGAGGAGUCCAACGAGUUCGUCAUCGAGGCCGGAGCUCUGAUGCUGGCUGACAACGGCGUGUGCUGCAUCGACGAGUUUGAUAAGAUGGACCUGAAGGACCAGGUGGCGAUCCAUGAAGCCAUGGAACAGCAGACCAUCAGCAUCACUAAAGCUGGAGUCAAGGCCACCCUCAACGCUCGCACCUCCAUCCUGGCUGCUGCUAACCCUGUGGGUGGGCGCUACGACCGCAGCAAGAGCCUGAAGCAGAACGUCCAGCUGACAGCUCCCAUCAUGAGCCGCUUUGACCUCUUCUUCAUCCUGGUGGACGACUGUAACGAGGUGACAGACUAUGCCAUCGCCAGGCGCAUCGUGGACUUGCACUCCCGCGUGGAGGAGUCUGUGGACCGGCUGUACUCUCUGGAUGAGAUCCGCAGAUAUCUGCUCUUUGCCCGACAGUUCAAACCAAAGAUCUCCAGUGAAUCCGAAGAGUUCAUCGUGGAGCAGUACAAGCGCCUGCGUCAGCGUGACGGCUCAGGAGGAGUGUCAAAGUCCGCCUGGAGGAUCACGGUGCGACAGCUGGAGAGCAUGAUCCGCCUGUCAGAGGGCAUGGCCCGCAUGCACUGCUGUGACGAGGUGCAGCCCAAACAUGUGAAGGAAGCUUUCCGUCUGCUGAACAAAUCCAUCAUCAGAGUGGAGACGCCCGACAUCAACCUGGAGCAGGAGGACGAGCUGGAGGAGGAAGAGCAGCAGGAGGAUGGAAACGCCAUCCCUAAUGGAGUGGACGGUACGAACGGCCAUGCUAACGGUGUCAACGGGCACGCUAAUGGAGUCAAUGGUCAUGGUAACGGCAUGAACGGACACGAUGAGCCUAGCAGCCAGCCCAAACCAUCCCUCCGCCUGUCCUUCACCGAGUACAGACGCAUCUCCAACCUGCUGGUCCUGCACUUACGCAAGAUGGAGGAGGUUGAGGAGGAGGAGGAGCUGAAGAAAAGUGCAGUGGUGAACUGGUAUCUGAAGGAGAUCGAGUCAGAGAUCGACUCUGAGGAGGAGCUCGUCAAUAAGAAGGGUCUGAUAGAGAAGGUCCUCCACAGGCUGGUGCACUACGAUCACAUCCUCAUCGAGCUGUCCCAGACCGGUCUGAAGGGUUCAGAGUCUGCAAGCACACAGGAAGAAGUCGUUCUGGUCGUCAAUCCAAACUACAUCCUGGAAGAUUAAAACCCCCCUCUGUUCCUUUUCUUUGCUCCUCUUCGUCUUUCAUUAUUGUUAAAAGAACAUUCAAACAGUAAAGAUGAUGUUAUGAUGUAUUUGAAUGCUCAUAUGUAACAUAUACAUAGCGGUAGCAUUUGACAUGUUACAGACUUGUUUUGUGAGUUUAUCAGCUCUUUUGUACAGACUGUUGUGAAAGGCUCUUCUUAAAAAAAUAAAAAAAGGGUUUCUUAGUCAAAUUGACUUUUGUAAAUAGGCUGCUGUCUCUUUCUUCCGGUUGUUCGCCGCUUUCCUUCAAUGUGUCUGGCGUUCAGCAGGAGAGACUGCUCUGAAAUGUAUUAUUGAUGUUAAUCCUGGACUGUGUUUUAAAUACAUACUGAGCUUACAUCCCACCAUG